GAUCCCCAUGAAAAAUUUGCUCAUCCCAUCACCCAAAAAUGACCACCAAGCCAAUGGCAACAACUCCCAUAAUAAUCACCAUUCUUGCUCUCCUAAUAUCACUCCUGAAAUCAUCAUCUUCGACAACUACGACCCUUUCUCCCGAUGAUAACCGAGACCUCCGUGUCGCGAUGGAAGAGAUGCAGAAAGCCAACUACUUCACCUUCGUAAUGCUUCUCAGGAUGUCGCCGUCGGACUCGAAGUUCCUCGCCAAUGUCACUUUCUUGAUGCCGAACGAUCGGAUGUUGUCGAAAACGGUGAUCCCCGAGAACGAAGUCCACACCUUCUUGCAACGUCAUUCGAUCCCUUCUCAGUUGAUCUUCGAGCACCUUUUGUAUAUCCCGACCGGUUCGAUUCUCCCCAGUAAUUUGCCCGAGUAUGCGAUGAACGUCGCAAAUGGUGGUAUGCGUAGAAGUUUUGUUCUCAACAACGUUAGAAUCAUCAGCCCGAAUAUAUGCACCACGGGUUCCAUCCGAUGUCACGGCAUCGAUGGGGUGUUGAGUGCGGUGAGUAAUGUAACUUUACAUACGUGCUCCAACAACGGAGGUUUUGUAGCACCGCUUUCCUCUCCGGUGGAUUCACUGCCGCCGUUACCACCACCGGCGGUCCCGAUUCUUAAUCCCCUUGUUGAUGAUUUCAUGGUGCCUGCACCACAACCGGCUGGCAGCAGCCCCGGGUUUUCACAAUUUUCAUGGGAUGAGAAAGUGUUUAAAGUGAUAAUUACUACUAUUUUGGUACCCCUAGUGAUUGGUGUUUCGAUUUGAAAUGAGUAUUUGACGAACUUGAUAGCCAUAGCUUUAAGCUUAAAUGUUUGAAAAUUAUUCAUGAAUAUGUAUCUGAGCAAUAUAAUAGUAAGCUUUAUUUCAAUUUAUCUUGUAA